CUACUAGGAAUAGUUAAACUGUGCGUACCUGUAUAACUAGUUUGCCUUCCAAAUCCAAACGUCACAAAGAUGCUCUCAAAGACAAGGCUUCUCUGAAACAGUUCGAGUUAUGACUUGAUGCGGGAAAAUCCCAAUGAAACUGACUCAAUUAGAGACCUGCUCUGUGAUGAAACACCUCCGCCUCGACAAGCUUUGACAACUUUUACGCUUUUCAAGUGAUUUACUUAAUAACACCAUUCAGCCGUGCAACUAAUAAUGAGGAAUUACCUGCAGUUCUGUGGAUUAUCAAGGUCUGAAUAAAAAGGAUGUUUUGAUUCUAUCGCACGACCUGUCUUGAAAGUUGUUUCGACGCCUAUUAUAAAAUAGAGUCUUAACAAAGGAGACUGUACAAACGGGUUAAAGUGCAGCGCAUAUUUUUGGGUGAUUUAUCCAGCCAGCGCAACGAUAUAUUUUUUUAAAGUACAAUUAACCUGCUCAGUGCAUCUGAAAAGUGUACCAUCUUUGGCUGGCUGGCUGGCAGGCAAACUUCGGCUCCUGUGCACAUGUAACAUUAUACCGUAUGGGUCAGGUAGAAGGUUUGGCAAGGGUUGGCAGCUUUAUAUAAUCUCCUACUCAAUAACAGAGUGCAGCGAUUUCUGUGCUUUGCAAAGAGUCGAUCCAAGGACCAGGGACUGUCAACUUUUUACCGAGACUAAUACUGAGGCAGGAUACAUAUACGAGCAACAUUCGGUGGCGAAUAAAGCUGCAGUGACAAGGUCAUCCACUCUUUGGUGAACUUAAUGAUGUGAAUGGUAUAAACUUGCAUGAGCUUACCGGUAAAGACACAUCAUCGACCAUGUCCAUGAGUAGAUCAACGCUUGACUUCAUCAACGAGGAAAACUCGUCCGUUGAGGAGACGACGCCACUGGCGCCUUCGAAGCCCCCAACGGGCAAGCGGAAAUCUCGUCGCCUGAAGGUGCGGGAGAAGAUAUGUUAUGGCCUUGGAGGAAUGCCCUACCAGCUUACAAACACAGUCAUCGGGUUCUAUAUAUCUGUGUUCUUAUUAGACACGGCUCAGAUCAAACCAUCAUCAGCCAGUGCUGUAAUAUUCGCCGGUCGUUUCUGGGAUGCCAUCACCGAUCCAUUCGUUGGUUAUCUUGUCAUGAAAACAGAUACACGAUUUGGAAAGUUAAAACCAUGGAUGUUAUUUGGUGCUCCCGCCGCCGCUGUGCUCUACUUCUUCAUCUGGUUCGUACCAGAGUUUGACCAGGAGCCUUACCUAAUGGCCUGGUACCUCCUGUUCUACUGUGGCUUUGGGACAAUGCUGUCGCUAUACUACAUGCCAUACUCAACACUAACGUUUUAUCUCACUGAAAGUCAAGCAGAAAGAGAUUCCGCCACGCUUUAUCGAAUGGUUUGCGAGGUAGCAGCGAAUUUGUUGGGCAACCUCAUUAUGGGGCAGACGGUACUAGCCUAUACAAGGGACUCCGAGAGACCGAUUUGCGAUGACAAUACGACCUCCAACCCCAACACCACCUCAUCAUAUCUAGAACAAGAGGAAAAGGGUUACAGCGUCGGGGCAUUGUGUAUAUGUAUAGUGUUGUUGCUUAGUUCAUGCUGUACUUUAAUUGGAACAACAGAGAAGAAAAUUAAGAAGAAAGACAGUGAAGAAGAGCAGAAUUUCUGGACAGGACUCAAAAUGGUUUUGACUUUCAAACCUUAUCUUACACUUAUGAUCUCAUUCCUGUGCCUUCUUCUUUCAGUUAUGACGAUCCAAGGAAAUUACGCGCUGUUCAUCAAGUAUGCAAUGGAAGAAGACAAUUAUCAAAACUUUAUAAUCGUUAUCAUAUUCUGUGGGUUUGCGCUCAUGCCUCUGUGGCAAUUAUUUUUAAAGAAAUUCGGAAAGAAGGCAGCUUUAUACGUUGGAACAUUGGCAAACAUCCCAAUGUUCUUAGGACACGCCUUCCUUCCUCCUGGUAACACGUGGGCUCUCUAUGUCUUCGGUGUUUUGGCGGGAAAUGCGGUCGCUGUAGUUAUGCUUGUACCGUGGUCAAUGGUUCCCGACGUCAUUGACGACUUCGUCAUAAAGACAGGAAGUACAUACGAAGCUGUAUUCUACUCGUUUUUCGUCAUGUUCACUAAAAUGGGAGCCGGAUGUGCACUGGCGGUUUCUACAUUAGCCCUGGGCGCAACUGGCUACGAGUCGGGAGCGUGUGAACAGCCCGAGUCUGUCGCCCUAACCCUCCGACUUCUUGUGUCAGCCGUGCCCGUCGGGUGUACCAUCGUAGGAUUCAUCUCGCUGGCAUUUUACCCCAUCACUGAAGAACAAAGGAAAAAGAAUAAAACCAUCCUCGAAAUCUGGAGGGACGACAAAGAUGAGAGACGACGAACUACGGUGCUACGAUCAAAGGAAGCUCGUGAUCGUACCCGAUCGAUACGAACAUACUCUACGACCGUCGUCAUGUAACAUGCACGACACUCGUGUUGAAAGUUUAGGUCGGCAUUCUAAAUUGAUAUACUGAAUGUAGAUUAAUUUCAUUGCAAUAUUCGAUGUGUUAUUUAAACCGAAUUAAGUUGUUCACCUGCAUAUAUAUGUAUGUACGUUACGAAAAUACAGAAGAUAUAGUUCUGUUUUGGAGGGGGGAUAUUUUGCAUAGGUUGGCAUUGGCAUGUAGCCCACUGCCGUGAAGUCGCAAUAUAUGUAUCUAUGCAAUUUAAAACAAAAUAGGUGAAGGCCAUUAAAAACAAACAAUCUUGCUUCAAUUACCCGUAGAGUAUAUUCUAAAUAUUGUUACAAUAAUUGACGCAUAGUUUACUGGGGGAAAAUAGAGGAAUAUUAAUGGAAUCUUUGGAAAAUAAUUGAUUUUACAAAUGGGCCUACAUUGUCGGUAUUCAUUUGAAGCCGACAUGGAUUCGUUAAAAGAUCAGUGAAAUUUCUGUACAAUUCUGGUCAGUUUUUAAAUUUAUAUCAGGGUAAAAUCAACUUUGAAUAGUUGGUGGAAUAAUUACAUAUUUGUAUUCAACGAGGUUCGUCCAACAAUAAUGAAAACACUUUAUUUCAAUAUUGGGAAUAGAAAAAAAAGCAUCGAAUAAUAACAAUUCAAGUGAGUAUGAAAUGUAAUAUUCUUGCAUGAUUCCUCUGACACGAUGUUGAUGACUAAAGAGGUAUUUUCGUGAUUUGGAGGUAUUUAUUUUUCUACAUAAAAAUUGUAUCGAGAUCAAAUGUGUAACUAUUGGUUAUGUAAGCCAAUUUAACUUUUAUUCAAAUGUGUUUUUUUUUCGUAUAUAUGAUUUUGCCCUGUAGAUGGACUAUUGGAUAAUUCAAA